AAUUAGUUCCGAAGUAUGUCUCAGUUAAUCUUUGAACGUGGAUAAGAUAACUUGAUUUUUAAAUCUUAUUUUCUGCUAGUUUGUUGUUAUGGCAAGCUGUAAUAAAGCAUUUGUAUUAUUUUAUAUAUUAUUAGUUGUUUUGAUUUUUGACAAACGUGUCGAGUCUCUUGGAGCCGAGGAGAAACUUUUGAGGGACCUCUUUGUUCACUAUGAUGCAACUGUCCGCCCCUCGGGUCCUGACCAUACAAUUAUCGUGGACAUUUCCUUUGAAUUAAAUCAUAUUGACUUCGAUGAUUCAAAGGGUUUAUUUACUGCUUCUGCACAUUUUAUAGCCGAAUGGGAAGAUCCUAAACUAAAAUGGAAACCAUCCGAACAUGAUAAUGUGACAUUAGUACAUCUGAAAAAGAGCAAUUUAUGGAUACCUGACAUUUCACUGUACAAUAGCGUUGGCAAUAAGGCACUUGACAUUUUCUCAGAUAAUGGCGUCAUCGAAUUGGAACAUAAUGGACUUAUUCUAUGGUCAAUGAAUGUUCAAAUGCAAACACUAUGUGAUUUGGACAUGUUCCGUUGGCCAUAUGACACUCACAAGUGUGUCUUUAAACUAGGUUCAUGGACCUAUGAUGGACUUCAUUUGAAUUUAUUCCAUUCGGACAAACUAGAUACAACUCAGAGUUUUACGCAAAAUGCUGAAUUUAUUAUUACAAACUUCACAGCAGAUCGAGAGAUAGUAUAUUAUAGUUGCUGCCCGGAGCCGUACAUAGUUUUGAAUUAUUUCAUAGAGUUUACGAGAAGGUCUUCAGCAUUUGUAUCGGUUUUUGUGAUGCCUGCUUUUUGUGUGGCAAUAAUGACUUUGGGUGCUUUUUGGUUGCCACCACAUAGCGGUGAAAAAAUUCUUCUAAAUGGUAUUACUCUUAUUGUAAUCACAAUGUAUCAGCUUUAUUUCAUUGCAAAUCAUUCGACUUUUUCAUUGAGACUUCCAUUGAUUGCAAUUUUCUACAGCUUAAGUUUUGUUCUUGUUUCAUUGUCUAUGAUUAUAUCCGUUCUUGUGUUGGCAUCAUCGAGAUCCCUUUGUAAGGGACAAUUACCACCAGGAUUGAGUAAAAUACUAAAGAGCCGAAUAGGUUUGAUGUUUGGGCCCACAAACGAUUCGAAGAAAUUUGACCAGACAGAAUUGAGUCACCAUUUCGAAGGCGGAAAAUCAUAUGAAAAAUUUUCACUGAUUUGCACCAAUAACUUCUAUGAUGACUGGACUUCUCUUGGAAUUAUUCUUGACCGAGUUUCAUUCGUAGUUUAUAGUUGUAUCUUUCUUUUGAUUGGAUUAAUCGGAUAUUUGUAAAACAGAACAAAAAACAACAUUUUAUAUUUACAUUAAAUAGUGUUUUAUAUGACAAUUUGUUUUUGAAGAUAUCUUAAUAAAAGAAAAAUGGGAAAAUGA